GAUUUAAUAGGACUAAGAAUAAUACAAAUGACGGCUUUAAUCCACCAUUAUGAAGGAUGUGAUUUAAAAUAAUUUAUCUGGAGAUACAUUAACGAAGGAGUAAAAGAAUUUGCGUAGCAGUGAAAGGACCAUUGCCAGAAGUGGCCUGUAAACUUGCAGACGCUUUGCGAUAUUUUAGAAAAUUAAUUACUAAAUUCAUCUAGACCCGAGUUCUAGAAUGCUCAGUUUUUCAGGAAAUCUCACUGCCACCAAGUCCUUGGUUUGUUCAUGGUCAUAUCGUUUGUGUUGGAUGUAGAUUGAAAACACGUCAAGUCGGACAUCAAAUCAUCAAACACGAGAAUACGUCUGCUAGGAUUUUACAUGAUUGUUUAUGAUCUAUUCAUUAUCCAAUAACACGAAUAGUUAUUAACUAAUGCCAGUAAACAUUAAUUUAAUUGAAGUUUAUGGUAUUAAGAAACGUGCGAUUUAUAUCUUCGAAAUGUGUGUCUUAUGAAUCAAAAUCGAAUACGAAAUUUGAGAGUGAUCACAGUUAUUAUUGACUAAUAAUUCCUGCGUUUAAUCAAUAAACUUGUUAAAUAAAGUUUGUUCAUUUCCUCGGCCAGGCUGCUGUAUAGUUAAAUUAGCCGUAGUAGCUUUUACCUUAUUGUAGUACAAGGUAUUUACGCUAGAGUGAGCCACAGACCUAUGCUGGUUCACAAUUUUCAUGUACUGGUCAUCCAUGUUUUUCAGAUUCCAAAGUAGCUGAUGUUGAAGUUAAAAAUGAGAAUGAUAUAUCAACAUCAGAAGUAAUGCAGACAGAUAAUGAUCAAAGUCCAAAUACCUCAACUAUUGCAAAAGUUGAAGAGGAAACUGUGGUUACUUCAGAAAUAUCCACUUGCAAUAAAGCAUUAUACUCUUUGUGCAAAGAAAAAAGUAUAGUGAAUGCUCUAACUGUUGGAGAAGUGGGUACUCUCGAAGUUCAUGCCGUACUAAAGAAUAACACAUACGGUAUUACAUUAUUGCCUAAUAAUGCAGAACAUCAAUUUGAUAAAGUAAUGGCCUCAUUAGCUGCAGUCCCGGAAGAUUUUAAACGUACAAUAAAUAAUCUAAAUAUAGAAGAUAUGUUCUAUGGUCAACAAGCGGACAAAGAGUGGGUUAGAGGAUAUAUUGUAUCUGAGCUACCAUUCUUAAAAAUUGCUAAUAUAGACGAAGCUAAAGUAGAGACAAUUAAAAAUAUUACUACAUGCGAACAAAUCGCUUUAGAUACUUAUGCAUUUAGUGCACUAUGUGAAAUAACUGAUGAUAGGCAUAAAUUGGAAGAUGGUGAUAUAUGUGAGUAUGAAGUACUAGGCCGAACACGUAUUAAGGAACAAGACGGAUAUGAAAUAUUAAUUUAUACAGAUGAUUCUAAGAUAAAAGCUACUGUAAAGCCUUGGAUUCCAACGCUUCAACAAUUGGGAACACAGUGUGCUGAAGUGAAUAAUGAAACUGAGGUAUGCGUUACUGGUUAUCGAGAUCAUAUACAUAUGUAUGUUCGUCCCAUAAAUACUGUAGGUUUGGAACAUUAUAACCAUGUUAUGCAAACUAUUGCGAAAUGCGCUGAAACAUCUCCAUUUUUAAGAAAACCACCAAAUGUUGGGGAUGCGGUAAUAGUUCAGUCUGUUGACGAAAAUUAUUAUCGUGCAUUUGUUACUAGGGUACAAGAUGAUAGAAUUACAAUUUUAUAUCUUGAUCUUGGUAGAAAAGAAGUUAUUACAGAUAUGAAGAAACUUAAGAUUUUACCUGAUAAUUUGAAGAAGGUCCGCUUUUCUAUGACAAAGCUCUUACUAAAAGAUGUCCCUAGAGAUAUUCCUCUGAUAAAAGAAGUAGAUGAUUAUCUGGCUCACAUAGUAGCAACUAAAGUUCCCCUGUUAUGUACAUAUGAUGGUAUACCUUCCCUAGACGGUGUAUAUCUGAAAUUUCAUGAUGGAGAAACCCUUAAUAAUAUGAUAUGUAAAUGUAUCGAGUCGACUUUUGAGGAACUUUCUGAGUAAAUAGAAGAAUGAAUCUCAGAAUCAGUUGCUUCGGAUAGCUGUAUUAAAACAAAAAUUAUUGAGCGUGAACUUGUAUCUGUGUCGUCUAUAAUGUGUAAUUACCAUUGGUUAAAGACAAAUUAAUUGGUGAAUGUUGAAUAUCAGAUCGGGGGAAAAAAAAGAAACACAAAAAAACAUGCAUCUCAUUAUGCAAAAGGAGAACAUAUUAGUUAUAAUGUUUGAAGCUAAAAUUGAGAUAUUUUUAGUUAAAAUAGUUAAAACAUGAUUUGUUUCUUGAAAGUAUUUUAACAUUUGUAGAAGACAUUCCACUCUUUGAUAUUAUUGUAUCUUCUCAAAUAGUAUGUAAGAUUAGUACUUUUUGAACACUUUUUUUAUAUUUACUUUUGUGAAUAUUAUAUUUUAUUUCGGUGAAUCUCUAUAUUCAACAUUCUUUCUGCAAGACUUGUAUUUUGUGUACAAUUUAUAAUAAAUGUGAAGUGAAAAUAAAGAGUAUAAAUAAGA